GCUGGUUGAACAUCAGUUGUCAUGGCGGACCGACGCACAAAAACGAAGCAUGUAAAAAAGCAACAAAUAAGUGAUAAAAAGCUAGAGGAAGACUUAUUGAAGCAGUUUGAAGAACUAAAGUUAGAAACAACUGAUCCAAAACCAGCAAGAAUUACAUUGUCUCUGAUAGCAAAACGAAAUCUUCCUGCAGCCUUAGCGAAUGGACCUCAAGAGAAUUUAAUUGAAUCAUUGGCAAAAAUCAGUCAUGUUCGUUUGGACCGUGAAAACAUCAAACAUAUUGACAAUUUGGAGAUGCUUGGACCAGUAACUAAUCUAUAUUUACAACAGAGAGCACAGGAAGGAGACCAAAGUAGCUAA